AAUACUUAUUUUUUGAGUAACUCCAAACACCCACUAAGAAUCGCAAACUCGCAAGGCUAAAGCGUAUCGUCUCGGGUGUUAAACCCUAAACCUCUUCUGAGCAAUUCUACCAUCAGAUGUUCAAGUUAAAAAGAGGCAAUUCAAUCCUUUCCAAAAUCCCAUUUGAUAUCAUCAAAUUAAUUCAAAUUCACAUCUCCAAUUUCCAUACCAAGAACCCAUUUUCCAGUCCAGCAAUCCAAUUCAUUCUUGAAGAAGGCAAAGAAAUCGAAUCCCGACAACCCACAAACCAAGAACCCACGUCUAAGCAUAAUGAAGAAGCUAAGUUUUCCAGUUAUGGGAUUCAGAUUUCUCAUCCUUGGCCUGAAUGGGUGGACUUGAUGCAAAAGUUGUUGAAAUGUGGAUACUUUGAGGGAAUCGGAAACCCUUUUGGAAAUGCUGAAGAAAUGGGUCCUAAAGAUGCAAACCGGAUUAGGACUGCUUGUUUGAAUUUUGCUCGAGACCGGUUUGAUCUUAUAAAAUAUUUGUCGCAGCAAGAUAUUGGGGUGAUAGCUGGCUGUGGCUGUCCAAGCAUUGAUAGAAAAGUUGUCAACUCUGGAAAGCGCCUUAGGGCAUCGUUAGGCAUCGAGGAAGGAAAUGUUUGCAGUUUCUGCAUAUUGAGGGGAAGUUGUGAGAGGGCAUAUGUCAGGGCACGUGAAGAUCAAGGUGGUCGAACUGUUGAUGUUAUGCGUCUUUUAUUGACUUAUGGACUUGAUCCAAUUACUGGUGCUGUGGAGAAAAAAAGAGUUAAGGAAUCAGCAAGAAGGCUGCUGAAAGAAAUUAUGAGUUUCAGUUCAGAGGAACUCAAGUGUGAAACACAGAAAUCCACAAACCCUUGGAAUCCAUCUGUACAAGGUGAUCACCAAGAAGAAGGUCAGAUCAUUGUCCAAACAAAACAUGGUGAUUGGAUUUGUCCCAAAUGCAACUUCUCGAAUUUUUCCAGAAAUGUGAAGUGCUUACGGUGUAAUGGCUUAUUUCGCGAAAGACUUAGCAAGCUAAGGGAGGAGCAGGAUAAUUUGCUAUUAAAGAAAGGCGACUGGAUUUGUUACAAAUGCCAUUUUAUGAACUUUGCAAAGAAUACAAGGUGUUUGCAGUGCAAAGAAAAGCCACCUAAACGACAGCUUAAUCCUGGAGAGUGGGAGUGUGACUCGUGCAACUACAUCAAUUUCAAAAGGAAUAUGGUGUGCUUGAAAUGUGAUCAUAGACGGCCAAAAGCAUCGACUAGUGGUGCAAGUGCUUCCUCUCAAUCUGCAAAACAAAAUAGAAGCAUUAGUCGAACACGACCUUAUUUUGGUGAACUGAAUCAAGAAACAAAUGAGGACGUAGAUGAAUGGGAAUUUGUUGAAAGUGACGAUGAAGAUCAUUUUAGCUCAAUGUCAGGGAAUCAGGAAGCAAGAUUCAUCGAUUUUCCCGUUUUAGGGGGGAAUAGUGAAUUGUCUCGAGAUGCAAAGAAGCAAGAAAAAUGGAAGAUGCAGAUGGCUGCGAAGAGAAGAAUCACUGCAAAAGAAACACUAAAUGCUGAUGAAUUCAGGUCUUCUUUUACACCUGAUAGAAAGUAUUUUCAAUAUAGUGGCGAUGGGGAAAUGGACGAGUGGUUUGGGCAUGAAGAUACUCAAAAUGCAGGACUGUAAGUGUGUUGGAGUACAUUAUGAAAUCUGCGUGUAUUAUCCAAUGUUUUAGAAAUUGUGGUCUUAAACAUGAGCGUAUAAACGUGGUAAAAAAACAAUGUCCGUGCUCGUCAAAAAUAGUACAGAAAAAUGUCAAUCCCACGAGGAAUAUGAUACUAUUCUACUACUUAUGCUUGCUUAA